AUGUCACCGCUUUCUUCUUAUCAAGACGAAAUUUCUCAGCCUAACCAAGAGGAUAAGAGACUGGCUGGUCCCAUGAGACCAUGACAUGGGAGGGAAAGGAGGACUUCUCAACGCCCCUCCUCAUUUGAACACAAACUUGAACCCGGGAUCUAUUUAGUGAGGUGGGGGCGGAGCGACAAUGGUCACGCUUGGGUCAACUGCAGCUGCGCACAGUUCCAUUUCCGUCUCCGCCCCCCCGAGGCCCUGGAGCACAAUCUGUCAUGGCGACCGAACUGUUAGGUUUGUGCGCUCGCCGCCUUUUGGCGGCAGCAGCGACACGAGGGCUCCCCGCUGCCCGCGUUCGCUGGGAGUCCAGCUCCUCAAGGGCUGUGGUCGCUCCGUCUGCUGUGGCGGGAAAGCGGCCGCCGGAACCGACCAUGCGCUGGCAGGAGGACCCAGAACCCGAGGACGAAAACCUCUAUGAGAAGAACCCAGAUUUUCAUGGUUACGACAAGGACCCUGUUGUGGACCUCUGGAACAUGCGGGCUGUCUUCUUCUUUGGUGUAUCAAUUGUCCUGGUCUUAGGCACCACCUUUGUGGCUUAUCUGCCUGACUACAGGAUGCGGGAGUGGGCCCGCCGGGAAGCUGAGAGGCUUGUGAAAUACCGAGAGGCCAAUGGCCUCCCCAUCAUGGAAUCGAACUGCUUCGACCCCAGCAAAAUCCAGCUGCCAGAUGAUGAGGACUGACCAGUUGCUGAGUGGGACUCAAGAUUAGCCACCUUCCCUUCCUGCUACCUGCCAUUCUAUCCACUCCUCAGGGGGCCUAAUUAAAGGGACUGAAAAUCUGA